AAGGGAGGAAGGAGAAUGAAGCAGGAAAAGGAAACAAUAAUAAUAAUAAUAAUAAUAAUAAUAAUAAUAAUAAUAAUAAUAAUAAUAAUAAUAACAACAAUAUCCAGUGCUACCAAUUACUUUAAGUCAGACUCAAAUUUUUACUCGGAUAGAAUUUCAUAUUACUGUCUUAUACUAAAUAUUUUCUUCCGGGUACAUUUUUUUCUGCUUACUGUCCUUUUUACCCCCACUCACACCUUUUCUUCUUCAUCUUCUUUUUCUUCGUCUUCUUCUUCUUCUUCUUUUUCUCUUUCUUCUUCUUACCAUCCUUCCCAUGCUCACCCAUAUCCAUAUUUUUUCUUCUACUUCUUCUUUUUAUCAUCCCUCCCAUGCACACUCACACCCACGUCUCAUCUCCUUCUCUCUUCUCCCGCCCACAGAUCAGGUCGCCGCAAGCCUGACCGCAGCUCCCCGCCCGCAGACAGCCCCGCUCUGGACGCCCCUGACCGCAAGUCCACGUCCCCCAGGCAGGUGCAUCCAGCAGACCUGGUGGUGUCCGCUGCCCCCUACGCCCGGAGGAGCUUGGAACGAGGCGGGGGGCGACGAUCCCCCUGCAAGACCCCUCCCUCAUCCUCCCCCGCCGUCCAACCCCCCUCCGUCACCUCCGCCUACCCCACCACCCCGAACCUGUGUGUCACGGGCGGAAAGAUCGAAUUUAUAACCCCACCAGAUUCCACUUUGUCCUCCACGGCGUCCCGGUGCUCCACACUUAAGUUGUCCCCGUGCACCCAGCGAGAGGACGCGUGCCCGGGCUCGGCUGGACACUCCCCCGACCAUGCCACGCCCCCCUCGACCCUCUCCCGCAACUCGGCCACCUCCGCGGGCUCCAAGGACUCCAGCAAGACUGGUGGUGUAGCAGUGAAUGGGGAGGUGCCGGAAGAUCGUCAGCGGCGGCUCGACGCAACACCGCCACCCACCGCAGGCCAGCACCAAGCCUCACAUGUACUCCUCAGGCAUAACAACAACAUCAACAGUCACAACAACAACAAUAACAACAAUAACUACAACAACAACACCACCAACAGGAGCAUUAUGGAGUCUUGUCAAAAGGGAAGUGAGGACCCCCUGGUGGAGGAUCUGCGGAAGGAGAAUGAGGAGGUGAAGGACCGUCUCUCUAAGCUGCAGAAUGAGUUUGCCUUGCUGGAGAGACAGGUGCGGGUGCUGGCCUCGGAGCGGCGGCAGGCCGAGGAGCAGCAGCGGGCAGAGAAGGAGGCCCAAGAGCAAGCCUACGUCACCAAGCUUCAGCAGUACCAGGCCACCAUUGCUGCUCUAGACCAGUGCAACACGGUGCUGGCCCAAGACCCGCCAGUGGUGCCGGCCAAGGUUGAGGAGAGGUGUCCCCCCCAGCCAGAGGAGAGCCUAGCUAGUAAUAAUUCUGUUGUUCAGAUGUUGGUUGAGCGUUGCCACACUCUGGAGCAGGCCAACAAGAGGCUGCAGGAGGAGGCGCGCACCCAGCAGCAGCAGUAUGAGGUGUGCUUGGACCGCGUGGCUACACAGGUGGUCCAGGCGCUCCUCUCGCAGAAGAGCCACCAGGAGCAGUGCGUCAAGCUGGCCCAUCAGGUGCAGGACCUCCGCCGGCAGAACGCUGCUCUCUCCUCCUUAGUGGGACCAGCAGGCACCCGCCAGACCCUUCCCUGCCACCUCCGCCACCGCUGCCCCCCGCCACCCAACCCCCCAAGCUUUUACAGCCUCCCCACCUCCCUCUCGAAGAACAAACAGCAGGGUGAGGCUUGGCCACCUGGGGGUUGGGUGGCAUCCUGGCAUGUUGAAGAGAGCAGCAGGAGUCACCUUGGGGACCACACUCCCUCCCAGGCAAGAUUUCACUCCAGUCUCCAAAUGCUGUCUGAUGCAAGUAUCCCAACAUCCCUCUCUCACGCGGAGCACAACACCACCACCUCCAGCAGCGUGGAACUCGGGGAGGACUAUUACAGCCCUCGGGACAGACAUUCCACCACCACCACCGCCACGUCAACCAACACAGCAACCACAGCCUGUUGGUACGACAUAGUGACCUCCCUAAGCCUAGCCAGUUCUCCUCAGGGUAUGAAUUCCAUGAAUAAUCAGCUGCCAUCACCCAGCUCAAGGAUGAGUGUUGGGCCAAACACUUGGGAACCCUCAGAAGAUACAGUGGCUGGGACUGGGAGAGCUAGCACCAGUAGUAGUAACUCUGACUCCCCAGUUCAGUCAGCUUACACUCAACAAGAUCCUUACACAAGUGAGAAUGGAGUUAGUUGCCUUCCAGAUUUAAGCGGUGAAAAGCCUCAAGAUAUUAGAGCAUUUUUGUCUCCUCCUGGUAGUGACUCAAGUGCUAGAAAGUUUCCUCCUCUGUCUCUAGAAUCCACUGCCACAAGUCUUAAUAAUUCACCAGAACAAAAACUCUGCCAAGUGCUUCAGACAAAAGUUGAUAACCUUGCCUUUGAUGAAUCAAAGACGAAAGUUGUCCAGAGUGAAGGUGUCGGUAAUUCCUCUCCUGUUGAAAGCAAUGUCAAUUUGAUUGUAAAUACUGCAACGAAAGAUGAUGUGUCAAGUAUACUUCAGGUCAAGGAGAGAAUAUUAAAGACCCUUACAGAAACUACAUCUGGAAACUUACAUCUGGACCUUUCAGUCUUAACAUGUGAAGACAAAAGCAAACUGGUACUCAACAAAAACAUCUCCAGAGUUUGUUUGAAGACUGAGGGUGGCGAGAAGAACACCAGCGAGGAGGGUGUGGAGGGAACAACCAAAGAUGAGGGCUACUCCACCAUGUCCAGUGAUGUGCAGGCCGAGGUGAAAGACAGCGUUACCACCACCUGCUCCGUCACCACCGUCCAGGAGGAGCCCCACCACCCCACCACAGUCACCCUCACCUCAACACAACCCAGUGGCUGUGAACAUCUGUCAACUGUGGCAGAGGCAGAGGACAAGGAGAGUUUAUCAAGGAAAGGCUCAAGUGAGACAGUUAGUAGGUCCAGUGAGAAGUCAUUUGUAGUAGUCAAGGAGAGGAAAGUAUCUUCCACGGCCAACGCUGAGUACUGUGAUGGACUUCGUGUCAUAUACGACGAAGAGGACAAUAAUUCCGAUGUCUUUUUUAUACCAAUCCAAGAACCAGAAAAUGAAAGUUUAUACAGAACUUCCUACCAGAAGCCAUCCUCCGUACAGACCAAUAGACCAGUGCGCUGUUACUCGGAUUCUCAGCUUUAUAUUGCCCGGAGGACUGCUCAAAGUUGUAAACCCAUUCGUAGCUUAGAUAGACAUGUGUCUGAGAAGGAUGUCACAGAGCGGUCACCCUCCACAGAAGAAGUAUUAGAGGAGGCAAAGAACAUGAGGAGCUUAAAGAGGUCAGGUGGACAAGCUAGUCUGAAGAAGCGUAGUUACAAUCACGCUAAGGAGGACCACACCACCUCGGGGAGCAGCGAGGAUCUGUGGCCCUCUGAGGAUAAUCAUAGGAAGUAUCUGUCCCCCACCUAUAGUCAUGCAGAGCUGGAGGAUUGGUCACUGGAUCUUUCGUCAGAGUACUUGAGUGGAGUGGGCGGGGAGGGUGAAGGGAGUGAGAGCGUGGCCACCAGUGGGGCUCACCACGGCUCGUUGCCCUCCAUCCAAGAGGCCACUCCAGACUUAGAAGAAGAUAACAAUGAGUUCCUCUGGAAUGGUGCUACCUAUUUUAAAGCUGACUUAGAUUUAAAUUGGUCAAACAAAAAGGAACUAACCAAGAGUUGGCAACUGGACCAUUGUAAAGACAACAACAUCGUAACGUCCCCCCGGUCAGGCUGCUCUGACCAGCCGGCCAUCUGGUCAAGCAGUGAACAACUCUCGUGCUGCUCUGAAGGAGUGUCAAAGUGCAGCUCAGACUUUGAAAACUUCUGUGAGCAAAUAUGUAACCUCCCAGAGCUGAAGAGAGUCUCCUUCUGCAGCAGUGAAGCAGGAGGACAGGAAGCCUUGAAGGGAGCCAGCCAUGAUGCCUCAAGUCUGGGAGAACAUGAAGAUGAGCUUGCUGAUGAAAUAUGUGUUGAUACUGUGUUCACCAGAGAUUUCUAUCGCCUAGUUAAGUUUGAGAGCAACAAAAGUCUUGCUGCUUCUUCAAAGAGCUUAGCCCCUUCAGAGGGACCCUUAACAAUAGAGAAGAUUCAGGACCUGGAAGCAGGAGGAUCACAUAAAGAAGCCCUUGCCUCAGUCCUUGGCUUCAUCGCAGAACAGCGGAAAUAUUGCAAAGACAGAGAGGCACAAGACGAGAAAGACAUAAGCCCCUCAUCAGAAAUUUUAAGGCUCGCUGGUGCUUUGCAAGGGUCAGACUGUGCAUUGUUUCGUGGAACCUUCCCCAAAACAUCACCCAGAGAAGGUUCAGGUAACUCGUGUAGUGUUGAUGAGUUUUCAAUGAGAACUCUACCAGCGUAUAAUUCUGGAGACCAAUCAAAAGGUAAAGCUUGUGCAUCUGUUCCUGCAAAACCCAGAGGGAAGCCUCCUCCAGACAUGUCAAGAAGUGCUUAUGCCACUAACUCAAUUCCUGCCAGACAUCCCUCAGUCACCACACCCACGUCCCUCCCAGCUGUGCCGCCUCCUUCCCACACACCAGUCUUGCCGCCCACCUCCAAGCCGUUGCCCUCUGUGCCUUCCCGGUCAUCUAGUUUGGCCUCCCCUCAGGUUAAUCCCGCCAGUGAGGGGGAAUUUCCACACCCUCAUGUCUCCAAGGGGUCCCUCAGAAUUGUGUCUCGCAUCCCCGGUACAAAUCCCAUUGCAGAGAAACCUGCUUGCAUACCCACAGACCUCUAUGACCUUCCUCCUCCCGUACCUGAUCGAAACUGCAAAAACACAGCUUCCCUCCCUCCCCCUGACGGCCCCCCAAUACCCCGCAGAUCCUCCAGCAUGGCUUUCACCAACGUCCUUCCCGUGCCUGAGCACAAGGUGUCCCUAACAGACUCACCUCCUGUUCCAAAGCGCAUCACCAGUAGAGCCCUCCCUACUCCCCCUGCUGCAGCAAGUCUUCAGCUACAGAAGCAGCACAGUGUUAAUGGCUCCCCAAAGCCUCAAGGAGGAAGUCUAGAAGGGAAGCGACGCACUAACUUCAUUAAGGAAACAUUGGGUUUGUCUAGUCCCAGGAGGCCUCAGAGUGACUACUGUGAACUACCAAGCCUGAGCGAAAACCCUGGAGGAAUGUUGAAGCAGCUUCAGCGCAUGGCCCAGGUGGAGGAGGAGGAGGAGAAGCGAAAGAGAGUGCGACCUGUUGGACCAGUCGGAACGGAGGCUGUUAGUCCUGGAGACACCGUGGGCCUUGGCACAGGCUGGGUCAGAGUCCAACCUCACAUUGAUCUUCAGGACCCACAGGCCCGGGCUAAUCUGCUUGAUGGCAUGAUGGAGUCCAGCGAGGGGUGCAGCUCGGAGACGGAGGAGGAGGAAACCACCAACCACCAGUUCCACGAGCUGCGUCUGAUGCACCGAAGCAGACGCAAGAGAAAGGCAUCACAUCGUAAUGGUGGAGACCGCAUUGUGCUGGCCGGAGCCGCCGCACGCCCCACCGUCAUUGGCCGAAGGGAUCUGUUUCUACGCUUUGGAGACAAGGAAAGAGAAGCUCUCCAGGAAUUUGCCUUUUUGGGUGACUUUUCCACCUCCCACUCCGACUUAGGUUCCCAAGACCUCAUUGCAGCUUCAGGUAAUGCAGCAACAGCUUGCAUUACCUCCACCACCAACACCAACACCACCACUACCACCAAUACCACCAACACCUUCACUACCAAUAGUUCCACAUUUGUCCCAGUGUUGCCUCUCACAACCCACAAUGCUGGUGCUGUUUUGCCUAAAGUAGAUAGUAACUCACAGAGGAAAAGUCUUAGACAUGAUGAAUCUUUAAAGCUAAGGAGGGAGAGUAACAAGUCCCGCCACCCCGUUGGGCUGACUCAAGGCAGUGACGGCGACCUAGGGGGUGUAGACACUCGCAGUAUUUGUAGCGUCAUGAGUACAGUGCGUCAGCUCAAUAAGAUGAAUCAUAUCUCAGGAAUCAAAGAACCUGCCACUACAAAGUCUAUCAGCCCGGCUAAAAGUGCUUCCAGUACAAGCAGUAAUAAUAAUAAAACCAACCUCCAGAAAUGCAGUUCCCCAGUCAGUACAAACAUACCCAAACACUCACACCCUGCCAGGAGUAGAGGAAGUGAAGGGAGCAGUGCAAGUGGAGCCUCGAAAUGUAGUGCAAGACAAGGGAACUCACCGUCAAGUAGAACACCCUCACCGCAGUUCUCUGCAAAGAACAGUAAUAAAAGUAGUAGUCAUAAACCCCACAGUGGUCCUCUUAUUGCUAAUAACAAUAAGCCUCAAAGCAGCGAGAACACCAACCCAAAGGCUGCUUCACCAACACGUAUCCCUCGUAUCCAGACAUCUGUCGUGUCUUCCAAAAGCUCAACAAAAGCUGAUUCCCCAAAAUUAUCCAAAGACAGUAAUUUAUUUAAAGACUCAAAUUCUGAAUCCACAAAGAAAGUAAAACCUUGUGAGAAGGCAUUGCCACCCAAAGGCUUUUCUAGCAGGGUAGUGAAGCCUGCCUCUCGCAUUCGACCGUCCCUACAGCAGCGACCUUCCCCUCAGCAUGCUCAGCAGCAGCAGACUGGCAAGAUAUGCAUCAAGAGCCCAAGACUAGCCAGACUGAAAAAACAUUCUGACCCAUUGGACUCCUUCAGCAACAAAUCCAUGUGUGACAGUGGGUCGAGUGAGGGCUCUGAGCGCUGCGGAGGGCGGCUGUCCCUCAGUGACUCUUGUGCCGAGAACUUCUCUCCGAUCGACAGUGGAGACGAAGUUUUCCACAAAGAGUCCUAGCUGGCUUACCUAUCAGCUUGACACUAGAGCUUCACCAUGUGAUGCCAUUAUAUACUCUGCCAGAUAUGGUGCUUCGGGGUAUGUUCAUUAAGGGAACACACACUGUUUUUAAAACACUUGCACUUUGCAUGAAUAAUGUUAGCAGUUUCUGUUGAAUAUGUUUGGGCUUAUUUAUUUUCUAACUUAUUUACUUUGUUUGAAUAUAUUGGGGUAAUCACAUUCCAACUAUAUGUGACCAUGACAAUAACUGAUAUCAAAAUUGCAGUUGUUUGUUAUUUGACCCAGUGGUCAAAUUUAUAUUCUAAUUUAACUUGGUCUGUGGUCUUCCAUUCUUUUUACCACAUUGCUGUGUAUUGCAGCCACGGCUUCUUAGCCUGAUGGAAGGGUUUUAUGCAACAGAGUCAAUAGCUACAUGGAAGGGUCACUGUAGUAUGUGUAUGAGAGUAACACAGGAGUGGUGUUAUGAGAAGCUGUAUUUUAGCAGCUGGAGCAUUGCUAGUCACUACCAAGUUAGGGCACCUAGGUAGGGUUAGGGGGCACAGUGUGUCUCUUGAUGGUUUAUGCAUUUAUGCAAUAACUGACCAUUAUAUGCAUUUUACUACCUGGAUAAACUUGAAUCCUUGAAUAUUUCAUACAGACUACAAGGGAUGGAUGGUUAUAUGUAUAAACAUGUGAAACUUCCUGUACUAGGGUCCAUAAUUUGUGCAGGUAUUAUACUGACAUAUCUAUUUAUAUUAACUGUUGUUUUGUUCUGACAUUAUUUUCUUACAAAGCUUCUUGUAACCAGUAGGACCGUUGAGUAUUAUUUUGAGGAAGGAAGCUCACGCUGCAUCUCUGUCUGGUAUUGUAUUUAACAUUUUUCUGAGAUUAUUUUUAGGGGAAAAUUAAUUUAAUCAAAACAUGUUUUUUGAGUGGCUAAAAAGUAAAUUGUCUACAAACUAAAACCCUUAACCUAAAUAUUCCAGAUCUUUACAAUAUAUCAGUUUCUAAACUGACAUUUGGGGUCAUUUUUCUCCUAUUCCUUACAUUUCAUUUAAUUCCUGUACUAUAAAUUUUAAGUGCAAUAAAUAUUUUUAUAUUAUACUGCCUUGUCUUUGUAUUAUACACUUUUGCAGCAGAAGCAGCAAUAAUACAAAGACUAGAUUAUUGUUUACAAUGUAUUUUGUAAGAUGUAUCACAGUUAUGGAUGUGUUAAAGAGGACACAUUCAUAACCCCAGGGAGUAACAUGAAUACAUUAAUUUGUCAUAUCAUACACACACACACACACACCACACCACACCACACCACACCACACCACACCACACAACACAACACAACACAACACAACACAACACGCAACACAACACAACAACAUACCACCACACCACACAACACAACACACAAAACACACCACACCAUACCUCAUACCACACCACACCACACCACACCACACAAUCAUUGCAUUGCUUUCUUUACCAAGGGUGGCUAACACACCAUCAUGUGACUGCCACCACCACCACCACCACCAUCACCACCCUCUCAAGUAGUGUAUAAAUAUUUUCACUGUGAUUCACAUCCUCAAAGGUAGAUCUCAAUCCUAUACAGUGUUACAAGAUACUAUGCGUUUCAUAUGUAAUUAAUUGUUGUAUAAUAGUAGGGGAAAAACCGUGUACAUAGAUUUUGUAGUUUCUUAAUUCUUACAUCAAUAUAACCAAGAUUUCUGC